GUUCCUUAAGAUGGACACCAAGGACCCACCCACACUAUUGGAUCUUGCUACACAGAGUUUAAUGAGUAAUGAGCAUGCAGCAAUCCAAGCCCUGGAGGAGAUCCCAGGGGAGCUUUUUGUCCCUUUGUUCACUGCUGCCUUCACGGGUAGACACAAGAAUAUACUGACAGCAAUUGUGAAGGCUUGGCCCUUUGCCUGUCUCCACAUUGGGGCACUAAGUGUGCAGGAACCCCAGUGUGAACUCCUGGAAGNCUUGGUUGAGAGUCUUCAAUUCCUCCCUGCCCUGAACUCAGCUACUAGGAGCCCUAAGCUGAGGAUCCUAGAUUUAAGGCAGGAUGCUGGCUGCAAGACUGUAUGUCCUGAGAUCACUACUAAAUCGACAAUUUGCUUUCAUUCUUGUGCUCACUCUGAGCACUCUAUCUUCAAAAUUGAAGGCCAGGAGGGUCUUUCAAGUUCCAAGUCUGAGGCUCAGCCCUCUAAGUUGCCUAUGGAAUUAAUAGUGGACAUUUCCCUUGAUGGUACUUUGAGGGAAAGGGAGUUUUUUGCUUUGCUUCUGAAUAAAGUAGAGCAGAGCCUAGGCUCUCUGCAUCUGUGCUGCAGAGAUUUGCAAAUUAAUAAUUUNUGUGAAUGCAGACAUGCAUUAAGCCAUCUGGAUCUGAAAUGUGUUCAUCACCUGGCAAUUGAUGAGUCUCCCCUUACUGAAGUCACCGACCUAUUAUCUCGUGUAGUGGACAGACUUAGCCUGUCUGAAAUCGCUUGUAGAUCUUUGAAUGGGAGAACNUUUAGAAAUUUUAUCACCCAACUGAGUCGUAUGGAUCACCUGAAGGAGCUCAGCUUGUCUUCAUUCUGCCUCACAGAUCAUCUUGAAAAUGUCCUGAGAGUACUAUCUGCUGCUUUGGAAUUCUUGUAUCUGCCAUUCUGUGGACUUUCUUACAGUGACUUCAAGUUCCUCUCUGAGUGCCCUCAAGCCAAUCAUUUAAAGUUGCUGAAUAUCAGCAACAAUCCAAUAUAUUGGGAAGAUUGUGAGCCAUUUUAUUAUCUCCUGCAGAAUGUUUCUANCACCUUGCAGCAUCUGGAAAUUAAUCAUUGCUUUUUAACAGAUUCUACAAUCUCUGUUCUUAUCCCAGCCCUAACCAGCUGUNCUCAACUNCGAGUGUUUCGCUUUUCUUCAAAUCCAAUUACCAUGGGAAUGCUCAUGAGAAUUCUGGAGCUAUUAACACCAUUGAAGGAGCUUAAAUAUGUGAUUUAUCCCAUCCCUGUCCAUUGCUAUGGGAGGAGGUAUUUUCAAGGCAGUUUAGAUAGACAGAAGGUUGAAGAUGUGNAGACACAAUUGAGAUUAAUGCUACAGGAGGCAGAAAGGAGUGAUAUGAAUUGGAUCACUUACUCUGAUUAAAUUAUGCAGUCGAACACAAU